AGGGGGGAAAAAAAGAAGAAUUGAUCCACUUUGGUUCGUCUUUUGCUUUUCUUAUUGUUUCCCUGUUCUUCCUAUUUUCCUUUUGGCAAAAUCAUUUGGUGAUUUCUGAAGAGGAAACAUUUGGUGGGAGUCAUUUUCUGGGCUGUGACUAGUUUGGAGAGAGAGAAGAGGAGUAAAAGGCCUAUACAGACUUGAUCACCCAUCAGAAACUCUGCAGGAUUUCCUUCCUCCUCAGUCCAGAGGAAUAGCUUCCAAGUCCACACAGGCCACUGCUCACCUGAGGGUUUUUCAUCGGCGCUCACUUCAUCAGAGGGAAUUGUGACGAGAACCGCGCAACUCUUUCUAAAUGUUUGGUAUUUUUCGCAGGGCGAGCGUCUUGACUUGUGAUCGAGCUACAGGGAGACGUGGACUGCAGCAGCCUCCGGUUCUUUUCACAUGGAGAUUUGCGCCUCGAUCGCACUGCAAAUCUUGAAAACGGGGACGCGGGCCCUGCUGGUUUUUGCACCGCUCUCAUCCUCGAUUUCAUUCAUUCGAGAAAAUGCAGAACACAAACAGCAGAUGAACUAUGAAUGCUGAACACAAUGAUCUCCUCCCUCCAGCACCAGACAAUGAAAGGUCGUAGGCUGAAGGGGGCACUGUCCAACCCCCUCUUUGUGCUGCUUUUGGCCCUUCAGAUCCUGGUGGUGGCUGGGCUGGUUCGUGCUCAGACCUGCCCUUCAGUCUGCUCAUGCAGUAACCAGUUCAGCAAAGUCAUAUGCACUCGCCGCAGUCUACGGGAUGUCCCAGAUGGCAUUUCCACCAACACUCGCUACCUGAACCUCCAAGACAACCUCAUUCAGGUCAUCAAGGUGGACAGUUUUAAACAUUUGCGCCACCUGGAAAUUCUACAGCUGAGCAAAAACCACAUCCGGAGCAUUGAAAUUGGCGCCUUCAAUGGGCUGGCCAGUCUUAACACCUUGGAGCUUUUUGAUAAUCGGCUCACGACAAUCCCCAAUGGAGCCUUUGAGUACUUGUCCAAACUGAAGGAGUUGUGGCUACGGAACAACCCAAUUGAAAGUAUACCAUCAUAUGCCUUCAACAGGGUCCCCUCACUUCGAAGGCUAGAUUUAGGUGAGCUCAAACGUCUCUCUUACAUUUCUGAUGGAGCAUUCAAGGACUUGAGCAACCUGCGUUACCUGAACCUGGGAAUGUGCAAUCUCAAGGAGAUUCCCAACAUCCUACCUUUGGUCAAGCUUGAAGAACUAGAAAUGUCUGGAAACCAGCUUGCUGUAAUCAAACCUAGCUCAUUUACAGGAUUAGUGAAUCUCCAGAAGCUGUGGAUGAUGCAUGCCCAGAUCCAAACUAUUGAGAGGAAUUCCUUUGAUGACCUUCAGUCACUGGUGGAGCUCAACCUGGCUCACAACAACCUUACCUUUCUACCACAUGACCUCUUCACACCAUUGCAUCGCUUAGAGCGGGUCCACCUCCAUCACAACCCCUGGAACUGCAACUGUGAUAUAAUGUGGCUCAGCUGGUGGCUGAAGGAAACUGUACCUGCUAAUACCAGCUGCUGCGCCCGUUGCCAUAGUCCUACAGUUUUUAAAGGUCGCUACAUUGGGGAACUGGACCACAGCUACUUCCAGUGUGAUGUUCCUGUCAUUCUAGAGCCACCCAGUGACUUGAAUGUGACAGAAGGCAUGGCUGCAGAGCUUAAAUGUCGCACAAACUCACUGACAUCCAUCAGUUGGCUUACACCAAAUGGCUCAUUGGUGACCCAUGGGGCUUACAAAGUGCGUUUGUCUGUACUCAAUGACGGGACACUGAACUUUACUAGCGUCACAAUGCAGGACACUGGGACCUAUACCUGCAUGGUUAGCAACACAGCGGGCAACAUCUCUGCCUCUGCUGUCCUUAAUGUCACCUCUGUGGAAAACAGUGGGGUGACCUAUUUCACCACAGUCACUGUGGAGACCAUUGAGACACCUGGUGAUGAUAGUCAAACGCCACUUCCUCCAUUUGGCUGGGUGUCAUCCUCAACAACAAAAGGUACUCCUGUGUCAACGAGGACCACAGAGCGGACUUACACCAUUCCAGUUGUUGAUCUGGAUGGAGAUGGAGCCCUCAAUGGCUUGGAUGAAGUAAUGAAAACCACAAAGAUUAUCAUUGGCUGCUUUGUGGCCAUCACACUCAUGGCUGCUGUUCUGCUGGUUAUUUUCUACAAGAUGAGGAAACAGCAUAACCAGCAGGAUCCUGAUGGUCCUGCCUCCUCUAUGGAGGUCAUUACUGUUGAAGAAGAGCUUGCAGGUGUUGCUGCCAUGGAGAGACACCUAUCGCUGCCCCCUCUGGAGCACUACAACCACUACAACACCUACAAGAGCACUUACCACCACCAGCCCAUGCUGAGUACCAUACACAGCUCAGCCACACAGGAACCUUUACUGAUUCAAGCUUGCUCAAAAGACAAUGUACAAGAGACCCAAAUCUAAUUUCUAAGUUUGACUAAAUAUCCAGUAUCAGCAGUUUCCUACAAACACAAUGGACCAAAACAUGAAAACACCAUAAAGGAAAUUAAAACGACAUUGACUUGACAGAGUUGAUGUUGAUAAUGGUGAUUGGCAAAGGGACGACAUGAUACUUUAACACAUGUCUUUACAAAAGCAAAGAUUAUUUAUUAAAAUAUGUCUCGUGACUAAAUUAAGAAAAAAAAAACAAAUUGUGAUAGCUUUUUAGCUUAUUUUAUUUCUCUCUCUUUCUAUGUGUGUAAAUCUGCACAAGGGAAAGAAUGGUUUACUAAAAGUGAAUUUGGACUUCAAAUACAUCCCACGUGAAACAUAUUGCUGAGUUUGGCCUUAUAUUAAAAUCCAUGUUGUGUCAUUAAUUUAAUAUUUUGAUUUGUGUGGUUGUUGUGGUUAUUUGCUAGUUGUUGAAUAAAUUGUGUCAAUUUUAGCAGAGCAUUAUGAGACAAAACAUAAAAUGGGUUUAUUUUCAUUGCAGUAUAUUCUAGCUGUCAGUCAAGACAAAAUGGGAUCUUUUAAUGACACAGCCCUGGAUGAUAUCACAGUGAAGCCAGCAUGCCUAAGGAGCAAAGCAACCAAAUGAGUAAAUGUGCAUUUCCCCUGUGGCUCCUAAACAACAGACAUACAUCCUUCACUUUAAUUAAGAUUAAGUUCUUGCACCCACUCCUCCUCCUACAUUUUCUUUACGCUUCAUGUUUACUACUUCUUUCUUUCGACUACUCCUCUGUGCCUCUAUCUCUAAAUCCUCCAUCUUCCCCUGUCUACCCUUGCUCUGCUUCCUACCCACUGUCUUUUCCUCUGUGUCCCCUUGCUUGUUUGAUUGUCUCUCUGUCACUUUUCUCAGUCACGUUCCUCACCCCUCCGCCAUAGCUCAUUUGUCUCGCUUUAUCCGUCGGCAUGUGCCGUACGACGGCAGAAUAUUGCUUGGGAAAAUGAAGGGGAGCAUAAGGCUGCAGUCUGUAGCCUCUCCGUUAACCCAGCAAUGAUCUACGUUGUCCACUCAGUGUCAUGGUACCUUGCCAUCACCCCAGGGUCACACAAUCUUGGAAGCUGGUAGUCCAUCUGUUACUACAGAUAAAGAGGCAAAUGAGGCUACUUUGUAAUAUAGUGUGACCCUGUCAGGCUAACACAGACAGGGCUAACAUAGUCAGUGAAGCAACUAGAAACCUGGAAAAAAAAUAUAUAAAGGGAGAUGGGUUAUAGCUCAUUAAUCUGUAUCAGCAGUUCAUUUGCAGACUAACAGAGGAAAGCUGAUAACAAAACAGCGUGAGACUUUUCCAUUCUCCCUUUGCCCAACAUCUAACAGGGAGUGGAGGCCUUUGAUAUUGAAGCGACCCCUGCUCAGUCUCAUCUUUGUCAGAGAAAAACACACACUUUGAUGGUGCAUCAUUUAUAGACCAUCCAAACAUUGUAUCUCCUGUAGUCUGUUCACGCUUUGCUUUUUCAUUUAGUCUCUCAAAGAGGAAGGCUUGAAGAAGGGGGAGGUAAGGAUAAAAAAGUGAAGAAUAGAAAGAGGGGGAGCCAGACGCACAACGGUCAUGAGGAGUCUUCAAACAGAGAUAUUGCAGAUAUGAAGAGAGCGGAGUGAAAAAUAGAUAAGGAAUAAGGAGGCAAAACUAGCCAUCAGACUGUUGCCAAGGAAACAGUGACCUUGUACAGAAAGCAAGAAGAGGUGGAUUUGCCGUUAUCUUUGGUCUCUGUGCAACCAGCAUUUUUUAAGCACAUUUAUCAUAAGCAAAUUUCCUUUCUGGCAAUUACGCAAAUGAAAGUAAUUAUCUACAAACCUGGUAUAAUUAAACAUGAUUGUGAUAUGAUUUAACCUGUACAUGGAAUCAACGUGGCAGACAAAUGCCAGUGCUCAUCUGCUAGAUUUGUUCUUACAUUUUCCACUGUAACAGGGGAAGAUGGACAAAGUUAGAGGGAGCAAAGUUUACAUCUGAAGACUGGUCACAUGUCUUGAAGUAGAGAUGGAUGAAACUGCUAAUAGGGCAGUGACAGCUGAAACAGACACAUUCAUCAUUAGCCUUUCAUUGGCCAUGAAUGACAAGAAUAGUACAGUCAAUGGGUGAACCAUUCUUUCCCUUAUCCUUGUUUUCUUUCAGUGCUCGAUUCCUUUUCAAUGCUUUUGGUGGCUUAAUGACUAAAUGUCGACGCUGGCUACAGUGAAAAAAAGGUUGAGAUUUUUUUUAUAUAUACAUACAUACAUAUAUAAAUAUAAAUAUACAUAUAUUUCGGGAAGAGGAAUGUGAGUAAUGAUUGGAAUAUCUCUGUUUUGGUAUUUAAUUGCGCAGGAUGACUCAUGUGAGAUAUUUGGAUGCCAGGAUGAAAUUAAGAGUGACAUGCAGAAUGUUGGACUUGAAAUACCAGCAGAGUGAGCUUGAUUUUUGUGCAAAACCCCAAGCCAAGGUGAUCAAAUUCCUGUGCGUUAUUCUGCCAACUGUCUAUGUAUUGGGAGGGUUACUGUAUGUUGGAAUUUUCUCUCUCAUUUUUGGAGAGGAUAAUCAUUAAAUGGUGAAAUUUCUACAAAAACAAAAUAUUUUCAAAAACAUAUUAGAAAAAAAAAACUUGAGAUCAUAAUUUUACAUGUGCUUCAAUUGUUAAAAAAAGACAAAAAACAAAAACAAUGAAAACAAAAAACAAAAAAACGAAACAAGAGACUUGUGCUUGUAAGGAGUCCAACUCAUUUCUCUGAGGAUGAUGUUCAAUUAUUGAUACCUGAGAUUGUAGUUCAUUCUGUACAAAUAAAAAUUGCAAUUCUUUUUUUUUUCCAAUGGAUUUCAUGGAAUGUAUUGUUCACAGACGGUGUCACCAUUGUGCCAUCUUUGCUCCAUUUGCACAUGAAAACAUUUAUAGAAAUAUUCAAACAAAAAGGAUUACUAAGCAGCUCCCAGAAUGCUGAAGUGAGGAGAAUAUGCUGUGAGGAAAUGUGCUGUAGCUUUUUUAUGAGGUCAGAGGAGGGAAUUUGAUAACUGAGAGGAAAAGGAAGAGUGAUCUUUCUGUAUAAUACAUGGGGAGUUGAAUUCUUUUAUCUAAUUUGAAUCACUCCAUCUGUCUAACAGAAGCAUCUCAUUCAUGCAGGCAAAUUUGAGAAUUCCAUAUUCAGUAGCACAAUGGGCCUCUCAAGCUCUCUCUGCUGACUCAAUAUGAUGAACGAAGGCCCUGAAAGAGCCAUGAAGAACUUUGCCACAGUCAUACAACCACAAGUCUAACAGCAGAUUCCAGCCUUAGAGUCAUGUAAAAUGGUGUUUCAUGUUCAAUCAAUGAAACUGGAACCUAGGAUCUCAGACAACCACAAUUGGUAUUUUUUU